AUGGCCUACAUCUUCAUGGUGCUGUUGGCGAUAAGGCUCCAAACAUGUAACCCGUACAUAAUCCCAAGCGGACAAGAAGCAGCGUCGCUUCAAAGUGCUUGGCCAUACGGCAACUAUGCCCUUCCAAUGUCAAGCUACGGUUGUCCGGAAGCGGGAGUUUAUCAGUGGGAGACUGGAUACAUCAAUCUUACCUUAAACAAAAACGCCAAAGCUCAAGCAUGGAAUGACGAUGACCUGAUGACCUUUGAACCCUAUCUGAUGGGGCCUUACCACACCCAUUCGUUCCAGUGGAACUUCUGUGUAAGACGGAAAAGUUCUGACCCUUGGAUCAAAAACAGACCGAAUUGGCCGGCUGGGCACUACUGCAUAUAUAGAGCCGGAGAUCAAUGUCCAGCAGGAUUUUCACAAGGCUCUAUUACAAUGACCGGCUACCAUUUUCGGGACUCCGACAUGAGCGGUACAUUGCCAUCAAUGGAAGUCGGAAAUAGUAGUGAACUGACGUUGUUUCAUUGCUGUCGAUCAGAUUCUGUCGGUGAAACUGAUAUAAUGCUUCCCAACUCCUUUCCCUUCUUUCUUCUAUCUAGUCAAGACCAACCUAUGUGUCAAAAUAUUGCCGGAAUGGUCAGUAAAAUGGAUUUCUUCAAUAUGAGCGACUCAUCGAAUGAGUGGACUUAUUCUGGCAGCCAUAGCUACGUCGAUAGGAGUACCCAUGAGCACGUCCAGCUCUACUACUGUCACUACAUCCCAAAACAUGACAAAUCUACCUUGGAGACUAUAGGUGAACGAAAGCCGCUGUUUACUCAUUUCUUCCUGAAGGAAUUUGAUCCUUUCAAUGCUGUGGAUGGUAUUUUCGCCUGGCAUCCUGUAAAUUUCCGAUUGGUUGGUACAUAUGUAAGCAAGAACCAAUGGGAUUUCAUCAACUACGGUGCUUUGAGAUGUGAUGAUAUCCGUUACCCUAAUGGUUCCAUGAGGUUUGUAUUCGAGUGUCGCAGACCUAUCAUUGGCCAGUACGUCACCAUCAGGAACUUCGACACAACUGAUCCAGUGUACAAUUAUGGAAAGUUCUUUGUUUUAUCUAUCAACGAAAUUCGAGUUAUCGGGAAACAUAUUCCAUGCGGUAAACGUCUCGGGAUGAUGUCAGGUGACAUAUUCGACUAUCAGUUAGAAGUGUCCUCUAAAUCAUCGCUCGACACUCAUAUAAACGACGGUCGACUUGGAACUGUAGGGAAAGGAUGGUGUCCCCACCCAUCAGACAUGGACCCAUGGUUCAUGGUGGACUUGAUCGUACCAAUGGUCGUACAGGGGAUUUUGGUCCAGGGCUGGGACGAGGGGGCGACAAGGGUCCUUGUCAGCGAUUUUCUGUUGGCGUAUGGCAUCAACCGAAACAACAUGUCUUUUUAUCAGGAUCCGCAUGAUGUUACCAGAGUUUUUCGAACAUUGAAUUAUUUGAAAAGUACAGCUAUUCAACGGUUCAUCCUAAAAGAAGAAAUUUUUGCUCGUUUUCUUAAAAUACAACCCAUCAAAAAGGAAUGGAACCAAAAAUGUCUAAAGCUGGAGUUCAUUGGUUGUCCGAAACGAAUUACCAGAGACAUCCGUUGCCGUCCCGGGACCUUGGACUAUGGUUUCGAGGAACAACAAUAUCAUUCAUGGUGGUUAGACCAAACAGGACGACUUGACAAGGUAUUUUUUAGAAACGUAACCGCCGAACAAUGUCGAGAGCUGGCGAGUAAAGGCGAGUAUAUUAGCUAUAGCUCAACACGUCAAGGCACGCGUCGUCAGGAAUGUAUCAUUCACGAAGGUCAUCGCUACGAGACAGAAUGGGGAGGCGCAUGGCUCACUAACAUGGCCGACUUCUACUUUGCGGGACAGCGACUUUGUCUUGAAAAGCACGGAGGUUGCGGAAUGGAUUCAGGACAUUGCUUUCAGACAUGCACCUCCCCAACAGGUUAUAUUGCAACUGAGGGCUACCCAGCAGGUAUCUUUCAAACAGAAGCAUGUACCUGGAAGAUCGAAGGAACCUUUGGACAAUUUGUCAGUCUGGAUAUCAUAGAGCUGGAUAUCUCAUUGAAUGGGUCGUGCGUGGGAACCUUUGUCUCUGUGUAUGAUGUAUCUCUGAACAAUCAACUCACCUUGAUGGCAUCAAUGUGCAAGUAUAACAGAACCUACGACACUUUCACAUCAGGCUGGCAUAGAAUGCAAGUAGAAUUUCGAACAUUUGGCGGAAACGGAAAUGGGUUUCUUGGUUUUUAUCGUCUUCUUGAAUUCACACAAGGGUCUUUUCCGGAAAUACGUAGUCAUGGUUGCCCUGAUGACAACUGGCAGAACUUUGGAGGCAGUUGUUACAUAUUUGAAAGAGUGUCACAUAAUAACACUGAUGCUGUUACUACUUGGCUUGAUGCUCGCAAACGAUGUCAGACGUACCCAGGUGGUCAUUUAGUUAGUAUCAAUAGCAAGGACGAGAUGGCUUUCCUCCACUUCAUGAUGACGAAAAUGUGGAUAGCAUCAUCGACAAGCGAUGUCUACAUAGGUUUUGUGAUAAGAUCGCGAAUGCAGCCUAGAAGUUUGUCAGAUAGUAACCAAACAAAGGAAACGGUCUUCACGUGCCAGAAUGGAGAAAUGAUAGCCAGGGCCUAUGUGUGUGAUAAACGGAGGGACUGUACUGACAACAGUGACGAAGAAUUCGAUUGUGAUUACUGCUCCUCCACACAGUACCAGUGUGCUGAUGGUGUUACGUGUAUAUCGAUCGGUCGGUACUGUGACUUCCGAAAGGACUGCCCGGAUAACUCAGACGAGGCCGAUUGUGUACGUAUCGAGUGUUCUGACCAGCAGAUGACGUGUAGAAACCAACAGUGUAUCCCAAGGAACUUCCGCUGUGAUAUGAAGCGUGAUUGUAUGGAUGGAUCCGACGAAGAAAAUUGUGAGGAAUGUGGAGAAAACCACUUCCGGUGUUAUGACCAAUCGUGUAUGCGCAAGUCUAGAGUUUGUGAUGGCCAAAUUGACUGUGGUGGAUUAUUUCAUGAAGAUGAGGAUCAAGCUUGCGAACAGAAUACUCAACGUUCUUGUGCAGAAUGGUGGUAUCUUGGAAUGCGAAAGGACGGAGAAUAUCUUACCACACUGGGCACUGACCAUGCUUUACCUGUUAAUUGCAAAUUCCUUAAAAGGAAUGGGAAGAACUUGGUCCAGACAGUCAUCCAUCACCCCUAUGAGGAACCAAUUACAGUUACACAGGGAAAGACCCUUAACCAACAUAUAGCAUACACAUUACCAAACCACAUGAUAGAAAAACUGAAGGACGAAAAUGUCUGUUAUCAAACCAUCAGUAUGAAGUGUCAUUUCACGAUACUUCAGUCAACUUCGUGGCAAGGAGGAUUCUCAAAUGAGACUGAAGUAUUUUCUUUGACGACAACGGACACUGCAUGUUCCUGUCCCAUGUUUUUCAAUUGCAAUAGGAAUCAGACAAGAUGCAACUGUUCUACGAGCGCGUAUGACUGGUACACCGCCUCAACAACGGAGGUACGACAUGAUUUCGGCACUAUUGACGAUGAGCGUUACCUGCCAGUGUUGCAGAUAGCCGCGUCAGUACAGGCAGGUCAACAGCGGUACCUCGUACUCCAAGUCGGUCCGCUCAUCUGUGAGAAUGAUGAUGAAGUGCAAACUGAACGAUACCUGUGUCGAAGUAGGAUCUCGAUUAAUUACACGUACAGAUGCUUGCGAGAUUACGACGAGUAUGGAGAGUUGAAAGGUUGCAAAGACCUCUCUCAUCUGGACGACUGUGAAAACUUCGUUUGUCCACCGGAUUACGUUAAAUGUCCGGGGCGCUACUGCAUACCGAUCAGGCUCAUGUGUGACGGAACUGACCACUGUCCAGAGGGUCAAGACGAACACUUUUGUAACCAAAGUUGUCCUGGGCUGUACCGCUGUCAUUCAAGCGACGUCUGUAUCCCAAGGAGUUCCGUUUGUGACGGACUGCAACAGUGUCCGAACGGGGACGAUGAGGCGCAUUGCUACAAUAAAUGUCCCAAUACGUGCUUGUGCACUGACUAUACGGUCACGUGUCGACGUUUUUCAUCUUCCGGUAGUACCAUAGAUUUUCAUCCAGAAACCAGAAAGUUAAUCUUUGUUCUUUCGGAUUUCUCUGUACUUUUACCCGAGUUCGACUUACCUUUGCUUGGAGAGCUAAACUUGUCCAAUUCUGGAAUAAGUCAGUUAAGGUCGAGGAACUUUCUCCUUCUGAAAAAUUUGUAUAGUCUAGAUCUUAGCUACAACAAAAUAAGUCAAAUAGUUGCCUCUGUGUUCGAAGGUCUGACCAAUCUAAAGCUUCUAAACCUGGAGGGUAACACACAACUGCAGCAUGUGUACGAAAACGGGUUUUUCGGUUUGUCGAAAUUGCCAGAAGUUGUUAUAUCAUACACAAGUAUCAUGACUCUACCAACUGGGACAUUCAAAGGAUUAGACUCGAUACAGGUUUUACAUGUUACAGACAAUCGUCUCACUAAGGUAGAGGACGACGCAUUUGCCUCUUUGUCAUCUCUGUCUGUAUUAGAUAUAAGAGGCAAUGCGAUAAAGGAAUUUUCAGACGGCAUAUUUAGAGGUUUGUCGAACUUGACCAAGUUAUACACAGAUGCAUACAUGUUUUGUUGCCUCAAACCCGAGAAAGUCACAGAAGCGAACUGUUUUCCUUACCAAGACGAGUUUUCUUCGUGUGACGACUUGAUGAGAGAAGACACGCUGAGAGCUUUCCUUUGGAUUAUAGGACUUAGUGCUUUUGUCGGAAAUAUUUGUGUGGUAUUAUAUAAAUGUAUGGUCGACCAACAAACCCUGAAGAAGGCGCAUGGCAUCUUUAUCACCAACCUUGGCAUUUCAGACUUCUGUAUGGGUGUAUACAUGCUCAUCAUAGCUUCUGCCGACUCUGCAUUCAGAGGUCGAUAUGUCUGGAAUGAUCUCGCGUGGCGCAAUGGAAAUACUUGUAAGUUUGCAGGAGUUCUUGCGACGGUUUCAAGUGAGGCAUCCGUGAUUUUUCUGCUUCUUAUAACCAUUGAUCGUUUUGUGACGAUAAAGUUUCCUUUCGGUCAGGUUCAGAUCGGUCCAAAGAAAGCUAAAUGGGCUUGCCUUGGUGUGUGGGUCUUCGCUAUGUCAGUGGCCGUUGUACCUCUUGUUGCUACGAGUUAUUUCAAGGGAAGUUUCUAUUCCCGAUCAGCAGUAUGUCUGGCUCUUCCUCUGACAAGGGAUAGGCCCCCUGGUUGGGAGUUCGGUACAGUCCUGUUCAUUUUCCUCAACUUCUUCGUAUUUGUUGGAAUUGCUAUCGGUCAGAUCUGCAUCUACAACGAAAUUUCCUCCGAUGACAAAUUACUGAAAUCCCAGCGCCAUUUCCAGGACGCAGCGAUUGCCCGGAGCUUAUUUCUGGUGGUGUUUUCUGACUUCCUCUGCUGGUUUCCUGUGGGUGUUAUGGGUCUUAUGGCGCUGUCAGGCAGAAUGAUCCCAGGUUCUACAUAUGCGUGGACGGCUGUUUUUAUCUUGCCUAUCAACUCAGCCCUCAACCCAAUCAUAUACACUUUCACGGGCAUAUUAAAGAAAAAGAAAUACCAAGGAAUGAAUUUCGGACGGAGUGUGAAGAAAACAGCGUAUGAUACCAAUGCUUGGAGAAUCUGGACGUCCCUAUGUCAAAAAGAGACGUUUAUGUUAGGGAACCAUCCUACCAUCUACACACCACUCGCAGAGGUAAUGACGAAGGAAAGGCCUAGCGUGCGCGGGAUUUACAAGGUGGUCCUCGAGAUAAUACGUGGUGUGACAUUUCUACACGACAACGACUUGGUCAACGGACGUCUUAGUGACGACAAUGUGUUGUUGAAAGUCCAAAAUAAGAGAAUCACGAAGGUUGUCGUUCGCUUACAAUUAGCUGUCCAGGAGGUUGAGAAACCCGACGACAUAAGCGACGUUGGGAAGCUCACUAUUAGAUUGCUGAAGUGGUAUCAGAAACAGAUCGGCAAGUCAAAGACAAAGCUGUCGAGACGUGGAGCCAUGUAG